GCAGGAACAUGUGCUUAGGAACAGUGUGUGAGCAUACCUAUUGCUUGGUUUCGCACCCAUGGAGGCAGAGAAGUUGAGUCCCGAUACAUCCACUGCGCCGGAGCCCAUACCACCUUUAGAUACUCCCAUUGUGAAAUGUGAGAAAUCGCCAGACUCUCCGCCGCGCCAAACGAAAGUCGACUUGACGCAGGAUCUGAUCACGCAGACCGAUGACGUUCCGAAGCCCACUCCCGUCAAGACGGAGGGGGGAGGAGGAGUGAAGUCGAAAUGUGUCGAAACUCCUCACGAAGGCAAUAAGCGCCAUGUCGGUGUGCAGUGCAAGCGGAUGCGCAAUGACUUUCCCAAUUUGCAAUAUGGCAAGUACUACCGCGUGGAAAUCGAUCCCAACGGGGGUGCCAAAACGUUGCACAUGGACCAUGCUGAUACUCAGCACCUGAGCCCGGAUACCGUUUCCGCCUUAGCUAAGGAAUUUCUCAAGCUCUUGUUUGCGGAAGAAAACGGAAGUGCGAAAUACGUGAUCGGAGUUGUGCAUGGGGCAGGAAAACAGCUGCCAGAUCUCUUUGACCUUCUCGCUAAUCGCUAUCCAGAUCUCAAAGUCCGGCAUUCUUACCUGACCAAAGACGGCAAUUUCGAGCAAACUACACUCGGGCAGUAUUACGAAGAGGUGAAAAAUUCGUACAAGGAUGGUAUCAUCCGAUUCGGCCCGCUUGACAACCUGAGCAUCGUGGGGGCAGCCGGUGAAGAGUCGGGCAAUUAUUUUCCCGAACUGUUGAAGGCAAUGGAGACUGUUCCAUUCCUGCGCAAGGUGAUGCCGUGGGGUUCGAUGUCGAGCUGCAGGGGCAUGGACCCUCGGCGAUCGGACGAUGGUCCGAUAUUGUGGGUUCGUCCCGGCGAGCAGAUGGUGCCGACGUCGUACAUGCGUGGCAGGAACGGCGAGGGUCCCUGUGGAAUCUCGCCCCUCAAGAGGAAGCGGGCCCUGGCCGAGUUGUCGUCGUUGACUACCUGGCCUCGAGCCUCAGAUCCUCGCACCGUGUUCUUUGAGGACCGGACGAAGGCGCACGCGGACCACACGGGCAAGAACGUGCCGCCGGUCACGACAGCCGCCGUCGCGCUCAUCAAGGCCUUCUACACGGACGAGGAGGAGGUGCGGCGACUCGGACGGAGACGCGUCAAGGAUGUGGUCGCCUUUCACCCUGAGGACUACGAGAAGGUUGUCGACGAGUUGAACCUGGACCUACUCGAGCCACCCAUGACACAGUGCCCGAUUUGGCUGGACGAAGCCAAGUUGAACCAGUUGCGCAGGGACACUGGCAUCCGAUAUGCGCAGUUUUACCUGCAUGACGACGACAUUUACUUCCUGCCCAGGAAAGUCGUGCAUCAGUUUCGCACGGUUUCCGCUUGCACGAGCAUCGCCUGGCAUUGUCGUCUCAAGAUGUACGAUACGCGAGAGCACAAGAGCAAGCGUCACCACGAGGACCAUCGGCCGGACGAGUCGCCGGCGCCCAAAAAGUCGGCCAAAGUGAAGCGGCGGUCUUCGACGCCGUUGUCGUCGUCUUCGUCGUCGGGCAAAAGGAUGAAACGCGACGAUGCCGACGAUGAGGACGAGGGGCGAGAGAAGGCCAAGGGUGAGCCCGAAGACGAAGACGAGCAGAAGCGGAAGAGGAAAGAGAGGCAGGAAGCUGAUGUGUCGUCGUCGUCGAAUCUGAGUCCUUCUACGUGCAAGGCCGAAGUGGACACGGCGAAGCGAGAAUUGUUUAGCGAAUCCACGACAGCAACGACAGCCGAGUGA